AUGUUGAUUCAUUUAAAAAAAAAUGGGAAAGGAACGAAGUAAUACUUGUGGAGUUUCACAAGCAGAAACAAAUGCGUUGAACUAUGGGAAAAAUCUCUCAGUUGAAGGUUAUAAUAGUAAACAUUACACAGAACUUGCUUCUAGAGAAACUCUGGUUAAGCAUGGACAGACUUACGAAGAUAACUAUAAAUGUGCCUAUUGCAAUAGUAUCUUCAAUAGCGAUUCACAUCUGAAAAAACAUAUGAAAGUUCAUAUGGCUGAAUAUAUACAUGAAUGUAUAUUAUGUGGAGAAAAGUUUAAGAGUGCUCCUGCUUUACGAUACCAUAUCAAUGUUCAUGUGGAUAGCAAAGAUAACAAGUGCAGCUUUUGCGGGGCAACAUUUCCAGAGAGGCUUUUAUUGAAGCAACACAUAAGAAUACACCAAGAUCAAUUUCCAUAUGUUUGUGAGCUAUGUGGUAAAAAGUUUAGAAGCUCUUCUGCACUGAAAUAUCACAUUGAAAUUCACGUCUCUGAACAUAAUUUGAGAUGCAACUUCUGUGAAGCUAUAUUUGAUGACAGAUUGUCGUUGAAACAGCACAUAAAGUUUCAUAAAGAUGAGUUCCCUUUCCAGUGUGAUAUUUGCAGUGAAAAGUUUAGGAGUCCACCAGCAUUGAAGUACCACAGAGACAAUCAUCAAACAGCGCUGAAAUGCUCAAUUUGCAAUGUUAAAUUUAUGGAAAAAAUAACAUUGAAGCAACACAUGAAAUCACACAAAGAUGUGUUUCCAUUUCAAUGUAAAAUUUGCAAUGAAAAGUUUAGAAGUACUGCAGCUUUAAAGUAUCAUAUAAAUACUCAUAAUGUGGGCUAUGGUUUUGUGUGCAAUUUUUGCAAUCAGGAUUUUAAUACAAAACUUGAUUUGAAGAAGCAUAUUAAGUGUCAUAUAGAUCAAUUUCCUUUUCAAUGUGAUAUGUGUGAGAAAAAGUACAGAAGCAAUCCAGCUCUAAAAUAUCACUUGAAAACUCAUUUUAGGCAAUAAGUUUCGUAUUUGAAAUGGGAAACAAUUAAUUUUAUUUUUAUUUUGUUGAAUAUACUUUUGUUAAUUAUAUGAUUUUUUU